UUUGUCAAGGGACAAAUAACAAGCUGACCCAACUGGGACAUGUGGAAGACCAUUUCACUAGCCUGCAGAGGAUGUACAACAAUUGUGAGGUGGUACUCAGCAACCUGGAGAUUACAUAUGUGGAACAUAAUCGUGACCUCUCUUUCCUGAAGACUAUACAGGAGGUUGCAGGCUAUGUGCUCAUCGCACUUAACAUGGUGGAUGUCAUUCCCCUAGAAAACCUCCAGAUCAUCCGAGGCAAUGUGCUGUAUGACAACUCUUAUGCCCUGGCAGUUUUAUCCAAUUACCACAUGAAUAAAACCCAGGGUCUCCGACAGCUGCCAAUGAAACGGCUCUCAGAAAUUCUCAAUGGAGGCGUUAAAAUCAGCAACAACCCUAAACUGUGCAACAUGGACACUGUUCUCUGGAAUGACAUCAUCGACAAGAACAAGAAGCCUCUCACAGUACUUGAAUUUGCAAGCAACCUGUCUUCUUGUCCCAAGUGCCAUCCAAACUGCACAGAAAACCACUGCUGGGGCCCUGGUGAAUCGAACUGCCAGACAUUAACAAAAGUCAUUUGUGCCCAGCAGUGCUCUGGCCGGUGCAGGGGAAAGGUGCCCAGCGACUGCUGCCACAACCAGUGUGCUGCGGGGUGCACGGGGCCUCGGGAGAGUGACUGCCUGGCAUGCCGCAAGUUUCGGGAUGGUACUACAUGCAAGGAUACGUGUCCCCCUUUAGUACUGUAUAACCCCACCACUUACCAGAUGGAUGUCAACUCUGAGGGAAAAUACAGCUUUGGAGCCACUUGUGUGAAGGAAUGUCCACACAACUACGUGGUGACAGACCAUGGCUCCUGUGUUCGCUCAUGCAAUGCCAAUACUUAUGAAGUGGAAGAGAAUGGAGUUCGGAAAUGUAAAAAGUGUGAUGGGCUGUGCAGCAAAGUGUGCAACGGCAUUGGAAUAGGUGAACUUAAAGGGAUUCUCUCCAUAAAUGCCACAAACAUCGACUCUUUCAAAAACUGUACCAAGAUCAACGGGGAUGUCAGUAUUCUCCCAGUUGCAUUUCUAGGUGAUGCCUUCACAAAGACCCUACCCUUGGACCCCAAGAAAUUGGAUGUCUUCAAAACAGUAAAAGAAAUAUCAGGAUUUUUGUUGAUUCAAGCCUGGCCCGAGAAUGCUACUGAUCUCUAUGCUUUCGAAAAUCUGGAGAUUAUACGAGGCAGAACAAAGCAACAUGGCCAGUAUUCCCUUGCUGUCGUUAACUUGAAAAUACAGUCUUUAGGGCUGCGCUCCCUCAAGGAAAUAAGUGAUGGAGAUGUUGCCAUUAUGAAGAACAAGAACCUCUGCUAUGCUGACACCAUGGACUGGAGCAACCUGUUUGCAACUCAGAGCCAGAAAACAAAGAUUUUACAGAAUAGAGAUCAAAAUGAGUGUGCUGCUGCCAAGCAUGUUUGUGACCCCCUGUGCUCAGACGUGGGCUGCUGGGGCCCAGGACCCUUCCACUGCUUCUCCUGCAGGUUUUUUGAUCGCCAGAAGGAGUGUGUGAAACAGUGCAACAUCCUUCAAGGAGAGCCAAGAGAGUUUGAAAAGGAUUCUAAGUGCCUCCCCUGCCACCCUGAGUGCCUGGUGCAAAACUCCACCGCAUACAAUGCAACCUGUACUGGACCUGGCCCUGACAAUUGCAUGAAGUGUGCCCAUUUUAUAGAUGGCCCCCACUGCGUGAAAUCAUGCCCAGCAGGGGUUCUGGGUGAGAAUGACACUCUCGUCUGGAAAUAUGCUGAUGGGAAUGGUGUUUGCCAGCGCUGCCAUCCAAACUGCACCCGGGG